AUGGCAUCGCGAUAUCUCCACCAUCACCAUCACCGUCAACAUUCGCGCGCGCCUUCAGUAAACAGCACCUCCACGGCAACAACGACACAGACCGCUGCCUCCGCCUCCUCCGCAGCUGUUCCUGUGUCUACGAACGCCACCAACACGCAUUCUCACGCCGGAACUUCCACAACAACGACAAUGGCACCGAGUAAUACGACUUCUGUCCGUCGGAAUCUUUUCCAUCACCAUCUCAGCCGCCGGCCUGCAUCCGCUGCGUCGUCCUCCUCUGCUGCCGCCUCUACUGCUUCCACUUCUGCUGCCGUCGGAGGGAAUCACGUGUCGGAGAUCCCUACUACUAGAGCUGCUGCAGCUGCUGGAACGUCUGCCACUACAUCAGCAGCAACCGUAUCUUCAUCUCUCACCACAGGCCCAGUUGAAAGGGACAACGGGGAAAUUGUGCCGCGAGACCAAAACGGGAAUUACAAACUCGACAUCCCAGUCCUGCCGCCGGUGAUGCUGGACGAGGACGGCGACGAAGCAGGCGCAAUGGAAGGUGUAGAAGAAGGAGGAGCAGGAGGAGGAGGACGGUCCAGCGGAGGAUCGGGCAGCACGGGCGUUAAUAGUGGCUCUGCUGCGGUAGAUGCGGAGCUCGGUGGGAGGGAGAAAGAAAGUACGUCUAUGGAAACAGGAACGUAUGGCUUUAAGAGGGCGAAUAACUAA